AUGGAGCGUCACUAUCUCGAGGAAGAACCCAAUAGCGCCCCACAGUGUGUGGUCCAUUCACCGCAACCUUCACCUUUCCCGCCAGGGCACAACGAUAAAUAUUUUGUUGAUAAAGAUGGCCAGACGCAAUGGACCACAGAAACAGGCCCACCAUUCAUAGCCGAUGAUGCAGCUGAGCCAAAAAAGAAAGCGCGAUGGAGGUGGAUUCUCGUCGGUUUGGGGAUAUUUGUGAUCGUCGUGAUCGCGGCUGUUGUAGGGGGCGUUUUGGGCAGCCGUGCUGCUCAUAAGAAUGAUAAUGCACAAAGCGACUCGGUUUUAUCAUCAACACCCUCAACAUCAUCAUUAAGUGCUACUAAUACUACAACUCCCUCCACCACCACCACGAACAACCCGACAUCUACUACGACGAAUCCUCCCUCUUCCACCACCUCGAGUAACAGCAAUAACCAGUCAGCAAAUAACGGAACCGCCCGCUUAGCCGUAUUUGACAUGUACGAAACCGACAGCUGCGGCGGCGCCGACGAUUCCUUUGCCAUUACUAGCACGGGCUCCCAACGAUGCGUCCCCGUUCCCUCCAACAAGAGGGCCAUUCGAGUGACUGACAACAGUAGCUGUAUCAUCACAACAUGGAGCGGCGGCGACUGCAAGGGGUUGAAUUUCAGAGUGCCCGAUACCGAUUGUCACAGUGUAUUGUAUGCCGCUGUGUCUGUAUAUUGCUAG